AUGUCGUCUGCCAUCGUGAUGACUCCUCCCCCGUCCUCGCUGAAAGCAGGGACCUCCACGAAGCCGGGCUUUGAACAUAUUAUCACGCCAAAGAUCCACCGCAUAAGAAUCACUCUAUCUAGCCGCAACGUAAAGGCAAUUGAGACAGUCUGCUCUCGCAUAACCACUGCAGGAAAGGCCAAGAAUGUAGGUAUCAAAGGGCCCGUUCGCAUGCCCACAAAGGUGCUUCGUAUUACUACCAGAAAAACACCUUGCGGUGAAGGAUCAAAGACUUGGGAUCGCUAUGAGCUACGCAUCUACAAGCGUGUCAUCGAUCUGAAUGCCACUGCCGAACAAGUUAAAGAAAUCACUAACGUUCAAAUCGAAGCUGGCGUUGAUGUUGAAAUUACGAUUUCCGACAAUUAA